AUGGACCAAAUACCAGCGGCCAUGGACAGGCACCUGGACGUAAUUUACUGUCAUAAAGAUGGCGGUUUUCUCUUGGGUGCAUCCAGUUUGACAGGACGGUAUUGGUAUGGCUCUUUGUGGUACUAUGACGAACCAACAAGUUCCCUUGAUGUUGAAAAAUGUACAGCAGGAGUGCAGUUAGAGGCUGGCAUUGGAGAUGCUUUGUGGAUUGACAGAGAUAAAGUGUUAAUUGGCUUGGAUACAGGAGGGUUGGCGGUCUGGCAGCUUGUAGACAACUAUAAGACUUUUGUGCAAGUGUGUGCUGCUGGAGAACAUGAUAAUGUGGUCAAUACCGUUAGUAUUUCUGCAGACAACAAGAAAGCACUCUCUGCCAGUCAUGAUAGAUGUUUAAAAAUUUGGGAUCUGGAAACUCUUAAUUCAACAGCAACAUAUCGAGCUCAUUCCAACAUUGUAUGGUCAGCACAGUAUCACCCAACAGAAUGUGAUAUAUUCCUAUCAUGUUCACAGGAUGGAAGAAUAUUAUUAUGGGAUAGCAGAAAAUCCCGCCCUGCCAGUAUAGUUGACAAAUCACCACUUCAGUUAUGUCCAACUGCAUGCACAUGGCAAAAUGGUGAUGGGUAUGCUGUAGCCGUUGGGGAUGAAGAAGGUAGAAUUAUUGUAAAAGAUGUGAGGAAUUUAGAAAAACGACCAACUUGUUCAUAUAUGCCACAUCAUCGACCUGUGCACAGGCUGCAGUUCCAACCAGAAAACUCAAACAUUUUAGCUUCUGCUUCUGAAGAUUGCAGUGUUGUAGUUGGUUGCCUUUCUGGGGACAACAUAGAACAAAUUUACAAAAACACAGCACAUCAAGAUUUUGUUCAAGGCCUGUGCUGGAACCAUGGCCACAAACUGUUAUCUUGUGGCUGGGACUCUGUUUUGCUCACCCAUGACCUGAGUGAUUCACUAAGUAAUCCAUUUGUAGGUGAUAUCAUUGAUACUAUAUUGGAACCAGCUAGCCUAUCUUAUUCCACAAAGAAGUACUUGGUGAAAUGGCUUCCAAGAUCAUGCCCACAGCUAUCCUGCUGCAUCAUGCCAGCCAUUAAGUUUAAGAGAGUCACAGCAGAAUACUUGGCUGAGAAAACGGCUCAGCAGACCAAGCCGGCAGCACAAGCAGCCACAGCGGCAACAGUAGCUUCUUCUGCAACAAACCCUGUGUCUGCAGCUGACGAACAGCCUGGCAGCCGAGCCGAAGCCCCCACAUCUGCUAGUAAGACUGAAUCAAAAAACAAAAAACAGACUUCUGUUGAGUCUGAUAAAUCUGGCACUGGAUCCAAGAGUCUCUCAAAAAUAGACGAGAUGGUGCUCACAGAGAAACGCAAGAGAAAUAUUCCUGCUGCUGAUCUGAAACUUAUGGAAUGGCUUGAUGAUAAUUUUGAGGAGAAAGAAAGUUCUUCUAUUUCUAUCCUCACAUUAUAUGACUACUAUGCUGAGACAUGCCAACUAAAUGCUUCCAAGGUUGUGGACAUCCCAAAUUUCAGAAAGAUUGUGCGGCAAAAAUUUGGCAAAGGCAUUGGCAUCAAAGAAAACUCAGCUUACAAAGGUUUGCUUAAAGAGAAGAAGCCCAAAAAGAAACCCACUGUUCAAGCUGAAUCCCUUCGUUUAAAAAUGAAAGAUAUUAUUGAUGAAGCACUGAAAGAAUCUGGAAAUCCUAAGAAAGGUGUCCGUUUCCACUGGUUGAAACAAUACAUUGGAGCCAAAUAUCCUGCAUUAAGAGUAGAUCUGAAACCUGGCCUUUUAAAAGUUGCUCUAGAACGCCGAGUACGAUUUGGUACAGUUCAACUAGUUCGUGGAAUUGGUUAUUGUGGAUUUUAUCGUCUUCCCAUGCCAGACACAACCGAGGAACCUAAAAUCACCAAACCUAAAAAGAAGGAUGGAGAGGACAAAAGUGAUGGCACUGCUGAUGAGGGAAAUAAAACAGAGGAUGCAGGUGAGAAUGGUAGUGACGCAAAAAAAGAAGAUGGGGAGAAAGCUGGCGAUGAACCCGAGAAAAAGACUCGUAAAAGAAAAAGUCCCAAGGAAGAUUCUAGCAACGUGGAAGUUAAGAAGUCGAGAAAAGCAAAAAAAGGUAAAAAGAAGAAGAAGAAGAAGAAGAAGCCAAGACACAGUGGUGAACUAAGAAUUGAGGAUACCUUUUCCUUGGCUAUCACCUUUAUGUCUGAACCUAAAGAAGCUUCUGUAUCAAGAAUUCGGCGUUACAUUCAAGAUUAUUAUCCUGAAGUUAAUGCUGAAAUGAGGUUGAAAAAAGCAUUGGAAAAGGGUGUUGAAAGGGGAUUGUGGGAGCAAGUGACUGGCACUGGAGCCUCUGGGACGUUCCGACUUUUGAUUGAUGAAUUCAACCCAGGCAAAUGUGAAACAAUGGAAGACAUGGUGUGUUUGGCCAUUGUAGCUACCCAUGAGCCGAAACAGGCCUCUGCUUUGUUGAUCAAACGUUAUGUGCAGGAAUUUCAUCAAGAUUUCAACAUUGAGGCUCGGCCACAUCUGUUUAAGAAUGCCAUCUCUAGAGCUAUAAAGAAAAACAUUGUCAGGCAACUUUCUGGUAUUGGGGCCAGUGGCACAUUCCAGCUAAUUCAGCAGUUCAUACCGUCCCCUGCAAUGUUGGCUGGCGAUCACGAAUCUGAAGACGAUGACCAGGCAAGCAGUGAUGAUGACGAGCCGGCCGAGCAGUAUUAUGUCCGACCCACAAAGUCACGUGGACGGGGACGUGGCGUGAAAAUGAUCAUUGGCAAGAAAGCCAAACGAUGA